UGCCGCCCUUGAUUCGGUCCACUUACUUUUUUUUACGUACAGAGCACAAGCUUCGUGCAAUGGUAUAAAAACCAGCGGCGACCAAUUGAGAUCAGUCAGUAGCCUUCGAGCAGUCUAACACAGAAGUGCACGAUGAGAGUUCUGAUUGUCGCCGCCUUCCUCGCCUGCGCCGCAGCCGCGCCCUCCGGCCUGCUGGCAGCCCCCUACGGGCAUGGCCUCAUCGGUCACGCCGGUCUUGCGGUAGCCCACACGGCUCCGUACGCCGCCGUUGCCCACGCCACCCCCCUGGCCGUGGCCCACGCCCCAGUGGCUGUGGCCCACGCCGCGCCCGCCCUGCCCACCAUCUCCCCCGGAGACAUUGCCGGCGCCGCCAUCGACGCCCACGUUGAAGCCUCCGACCACGUCCGCGCCGCGUCCGACGCCGCCCGCGAGUACCACGACCAGGCCUCCGAGCUCCAGGGACGGGCAAUCAACGCCGCUGAAGACCACUCCUGGCAAGCUGUCAACGCUAUCCAGACCGCCGAGGCUCAGCUGGACGGCGCCGCCGCCGGUGUCGCGCCCACGCUCGCCAAGCAGCUGGUAGGCCACUCCGCCGUGGUCGCCGCCGCGCCCGUCGCCUACGCCGCUCACGGCUACGCCGGCCACGCCUACGCCGCUCCCGCCGUGGCCUACGCGCACGCUCCCCUUGCGGUCGCGCACGCUGCCCCCGUCGCUUUCGCUCGUGGACUCUACGCAUAAACUGUGAUAAUAUUUAGAUACCAAACAAAAUUGU